CAAGAACUAUGCAUAACUAUGUUGUUGAAACAUUUAGUAUUUGUUUUUGUCGACCGAUUUCGAAGUUGUCACCAUUACAAAUAAUUUCUUAGUUCCUGUUAGGAUGUUGUUGGGUAGUUCAGUUUAUAUUGAGCUUUUGUUACUUGUGCUUUUAUCACAUUCCAAUAGCGAUGUACAUGGGAUUACGGGUACAACUGAUUAUGCGACCUCGUCACAAUCUUCGGAGACAGAAGAAACAGAAGCGACUGAUUAUUCUGAUGACAUAAUUUUUCCAGUCAUGAAUGUAUCUUACAAUGACAUGACUGCCAACGGUACUACUUUACCUUAUUUACCUACAACAACAACAACCGAUGAACCCAACUCGACAACAUGGGAAUCAGCCACUAUAGCACUUCAAAACACAACAGAUCAUUCAAAUGAUUCAACUAUAGCGAUAGAAACAACGGAAACAGCUACAACAACGGGAGUGACAACAAAAGAAAUGGAGACAACGACAGUAACAACGGCAACAGAUAUGAUCACUACAGUUGUACCUAUUCCAAAUGUACACAAAUUUUCUCUGAAAAACGGAAGCUCUUACUGCUUUCUGUUUCAAAGCGAUAUAAAAUUUCAAAUUUUCUAUCACAGUCAGAAUAAACUGGUAAAAUCUUACAAAUUUACUGUAUCUAAUGCUACUAUUAACGAUAAUGAAAGUGUAUGUAGUGAACAUUAUACGAAAUUAUCACUCACGUUCAUGCCAUAUGGACAAAACGAAGAGCAUAAGUGGACAUUAGUUCUUUUGUUUAAUCUUAUGGAACCAAACAAAACUUCAAAUGAUGCGACUACUGUGAGAUCUACUUAUACUUUGAACAGUUUAAUAUUAACUUAUUAUAUGGAUAAGACUUUAUUUCCGGAUUCAUUGACACCAGGUCAAUAUGUUAAUGUGUCCAGUAAUAAUAUGGUAUUUAGAAUACCUGUUGGAUCAUAUUAUUCAUGUUUGACUGUACCGGAACUUACCCUGACUGGAAAUGAAAAAAUCUUUAAUAGUUGCAAGUUAUUUAUGGAAAAUUUAAAAGUAGAAGCAUUCAUGAACAAUUCUGUGGAAGCAUUUAUUGGAAACGAAACGUUAUGUGAUUCGGAUGUUAAUGUUAAUAAUAUGGUACCUAUUGGUGUUGGUAUUGCACUAAUUGUCUGUAUUGUGGUUGCCAUAACUGUAUUUAUUGUUUUCAGCAAACGCAAUCGUCGUAGCUACACUACACUUUAACUAAAUGAGUUCCCUUCAUGUACGAAUUUAUCUUAUAUAAUGUAUCGCAUUCUUAUGUGUUUUUAGGUAUUUGCACGUUUGUAUGUAUGAUUAAGUAUGCGUUUUCCAGCAUGGAAAUUAGUAACUGAACUGACUAUCAUUUGACACAUUCAGGUAUUUCAUCUAACCUGUCGUGUUUUACUAACAACUCAAUUUGUGUUUAAAUAUUUUAACAUUUGCAAUGUCUUCCAUUACUAUUACCGAACAAUUCAGUCAAUUUACGAUUACAUGAUGUGAUUUUUAUCAACAAUAUAUACAAUGUAUGACGUUUUUUAAGUGGAUUCCAUUGAAUUUUCUAUGCGACAUGUCAAUCAUUACCACCUUCGCUACCGUUUUUUCUCUUGACACCUAUCUAUUCACAUUUUCUUAUAUGCGAUGUUUUUUGUAAUGAUUUUAACUACCUAAAUAAAACACAAUACAUAUUAUUUUUAAAUAA